AAAAAUGUUAAAAAAGAGAGGAUCAGAUUAACUUGACAUAAUUUUUGAAGCUGGUGAAGAUUUGAUGAAUUCUUCUAAGAAUCAAGUUAUAAUUUUAAAAAACAAUUCUAUCAGAUUACCAAUUACAAAGCCUCGAACUUUUUUAUCGUAUAGUUUAGAAUUUUGUGGUAUAACAGGUUUAAAUUAUAAAUAACUUCGAUUUCAAUCAUUAGGAAGAGAUAUAAGAGUAUUUAAUUAAUUAAAGAUUUAGCCUGAGACUAGUAUAAUGACAGCUAGUUUAGUUAAAGUGAUUCAUACUAAUGAGUUUAAUUAGAUGGUGCAAAAUCCUUUAAAAACUUCAUUAUAAAAUUUAUUUUUAGGAGGAAUCUUUAGUGAUGUAAUCCUAAAAAUAAAUGAUGAUAUAGUAAGAAUUAUAAUAAAUAGAUAGGUGCUUCCAUUACAUAAAUGUAUUUUGUGUUGUCGAUCUCCAAAAUUUAAUGGAAUGUUUUCAUCCAAUCUUAUGGAGAGUGCAUAGAAUGUUAUAAAAGUGGAAUGUAAGAAGCCUGAAUUAUUUAAAUUGAUGUUAGGGUGGAUAUAUAGUGGAUAUUGGAAAGAAGUAUUUAAAUAAAUUAAUAAUUUUGUUAGUUCCCAGAUAAUAUUGCAGAUGCAUGUGAUUUAAUGUUAUUGGCAGACGAAUAUAUGAUUAUGGAUCUUAAAUAAAAAUGCGAAGAAGAUAUUAUAUCAAAAUUAGACAUUACAAAUAUUUUAUAGGUUUUAUUGUUUGUGGAGAAAUAUUGUGAUAUAUUAUCUCCAAUAAUACUUGAUAAAGCUCAUAGUUUAUUUAUUGAUGACUUUGAUUAGAUCUUACGUUUGAAUCCAAAUUUAGAAUAAUAGAUAACUAAAGUACCAGGAUUGAUGACAAAAUUAUUUUUAAAUUAUCAUCAAAAGAAGAUUAGGAAAGCAAGAAAAGUUCAUUUUGUAGUUGAAGAUUUUGAUUAAUAAGAAUCAGAUUCAGAUUAUAAUUCAUAGGAUUACGUUAGAAAUUAUACGUAAAAUUUUUACUAAUGA